AUGGCCGCUCUGUCGAAAACCAUUCCCGACACCGAGGUCCAGCUCCAGCUGCCGGAGUUGCCAGUUAACAACUUAUGGAACGAGACACAAUGGACCGUUCUAAUGUCCCUGCUCGAGGCCGUCCUACCGUCCAUCUCACUACCGGCAACUCAUUCAGACCCCACAAACCAGAUCCGUGUGUCCGGAGCCGAUUAUGCGGCAGCGCUCCAGCUUGUCCAGAACACGAUGAAGAAUCCGCCCUCGGAGGAAAAGUUCCUAGAGUACCUCGCACACAGCCCCGCAAAGGAACCUAGAUUCGUCGACUGCAUCAAGAGGACGAUGGCCUCACUACCCGCAGGCUCCCAGCGCCAGCUGGCUGGUGCCAUGAGCACGCUGGCCACUCGCACUGGCACGUUGUUCAUGACUGGCUAUUGGACCCCUGUCCACCUGCAACCAUUGGAGGUCCGUGAGAAGAUCCUCCAAGCGUGGCAGACCUCGCGGAUGCCCACGAUCCGGCUCCUGACCAAGACGAUAUGCCUGCUGGCCCAGAAGAGCGCCGUGCAGACCAGCCCUCUGUUCAGGGAGUUGACCGACUACAGCGACGUGCCCGAAUCCCAGAAGCAUGGCGAGGGGUUCGACUUCAACUUUAUGCAGUUCGAAGCAUCCGACGCGCCGGCCGUUGUGGAGACCGACAUCGUCAUCGUCGGGUCUGGUUGCGGAGGUGCGGUGGCUGCCAAGGUGUUGGCCGAGCAAGGCCACAAAGUCCUUAUCGUCGACAAGUCGUACUACUACCCUCCGUCACAGCUACCCAUGGCUCAGGACACCGGAUGCCAGUUUCUGUACGAAAACGGCGGCAUCAUCACCAGUGACGACGGCUCUCUCAACCUCCUCGCCGGCAGCUGCUGGGGCGGCGGCGGGACUAUCAACUGGAGCGUCAGCCUCCAAACGCAGGGUUUCGUGCGCCAGGAGUGGUCCGAGCAGCGCGGGUUGUCCUUCUUCACGUCGCCCCAGUUCCAGAACUGUCUGGACAGGGUGUGCGACUUCAUGGGCGUAACUACCGACGGCGUGCGUCACAACCAUCGUAACAAGGUGCUGCUGGACGGGGCCCGGAAGCUCGGGUGGCACGCCGCGACGGCCCCGCAGAACACGGGCGGCGCGGAUCACUAUUGCGGACAAUGCCAUCUCGGUUGUGGGUCGACCGAGAAGCAGGGCACCACCGUGAGUUGGCUGCCGGCGGCGGCGGCGUCUGGGGCCAAGUUUAUCGAAGGGUUCGAGGUCGACAAGGUGAAUUUUGACGAGUCGAGCGGCUCCAAGCGCGCGACGGGCGUCGUCGGAAAGUGGGUGUCGAGGGGCGCCGACGGAAGCACCAGCGCGCCCUUGGACCAACGGAUCACGCGGGAGGUCAUUGUCAAGGCGAAGAAGGUUAUCGUGGCCGCGGGAUCGGUUUCGAGUCCUUUGGUGCUGCUGAGGAGCGGUCUAACUAAUCGCCAUAUCGGCCAUAACCUCCACGUCCAUCCCUGCAACAUGGUAGGCGGCUUCUGGAAGGAGGACUGCAAGCCUUGGGAGGGCGGCAUCAUCACCAGCUACUGCUCCUCAUUCGAGGAUCUCGACAAGGCCGGCCACGGCGUCAAGCUGGAGCCCACGUGCAUGAUUCCCUACGCGGUCCUCGCAACUAUGCCAUGGCACUCGGGUCUCCAGGCCAAGCUGUCGGAGCUCCGUUUCCGCCACCUCGGCAGCUUCAUCUCCCUCACCCGUGACCGCGACACGGGCCGUGUCUAUCCUGACCCGGUCUCGGGCCGCCCGCGGAUCGACUAUGUCAUCUCGGACUUUGACCGCGCCAACACCCUCGAAGGUGUCAUCGCGUUGUGCAAGAUCUGUCACGUCGAGGGCGCUAUCGAGAUCCAUGCUGGCAUCCCCGGGCUCGAGCCGUUCGUCAGGGAAGAAGACUCGGCUGGGCUGCUCGAGAAGACAGCAUCAGCCACCUCGAGCUCACCGGGCUCGGAAAAUGGAGACGAGACAAUCCUCCAGGGGGCCAACGACCCCCGCUUCGUUGCAUGGUUGGAUAAGGUGCGCAAGGUCGGCAACGCGCCGCCCGUGGGCAUCUUCACGUCGGCACACCAAAUGGGCACGUGCAGGAUGGCGCUGAACGAAGACGAGGGCGUCGUUGGGCCCAAGGGGCACGUGUGGGGCACAGAGGAUCUGUUCGUGGCGGACGCCAGUGUCUUCCCAAGCGCGAGCGGCGUGAAUCCGAUGGUCACGAACAUGGCGAUCGCGGAUUGGAUUGCGAUGAACGUGGACAAGGAAGUCAAGGCCGAGUCUGCGUAG